UUAAGCGGAGUCGUUUUUUGAGGUGAAAAAAAAUAUAUAUAUCGUGCAUCACCACUGUCACCAUGAGAGUAUUAGCAGUACUGACGUGCAUGACAUGGUGCAGCCUUUUCCUGCCGUGUGAGAGCGCUUCACCAAGAGGCUUCUCGGCGGAAGGACCGCGAGUCAGAAAUAACACAAACUCGGACCCUGAAUCUUCGUUAUCUAAGAGCGAGGUGCUUACGCUGCUGCCGUCGCGAGGGGUUCCUCCUCCGCCGCACCACCUCUCGCGGCGCAGCGGCUGUGACCAACCCUCGUCCUCCGGGUUCUCCACCUUCGGGUUCCUCGCCUUCAUGCUCAUCUCCAUCAACACCGUCGUCAACAUCAUCAACAACAUCAACAAUAACAACAACAACAAUAACAAUAACAAUAAUAACAACAACGAUAACAACAACAACAACAACAUGAACACGAACGAGAACGGGAGGGCGUUCGAGCUGAAGGAGGACCUCUGGGACUUGGAGGCCUUCGACGACCACCACUGGAGGAGGAGGCGGGACGCGUGUGACUGCCGUGGUUCUGCGGGCGUGAAGGAAGCCAUGGGCGAGACGAGUGACGAUAUCCAAUCCUGGGCGGCCGCCGUGCUCUCCAAAUACCCCCAGUGUGUUCCGCGGUUCGCCUGUGAGAUGGCUUCGUAUGCCGGCGAGAGCACAGUAGGAUUAUUGUUAUUAACACCUUUGAAAACGUCUUUGGCCGGCGAGAUCCUUCAGUCGUCCAGAAGCGGAGGGUGUCAGACUUUGUAUCCUCUCUGCCCACUCUUUGAUGGCUGAGGAUUUCGUCAUAGUCUUACGUUAUAAAAAGGGCGGUUUCUUACACAUUCAGGAAUAAA